AUGAAUAUGGCCAUAUGCUUUUCAUUCAACUAAAACACAACAUCAUUGUGUCAAUAGUUAGGUAUAUAGCGUCUCAGCUUACAAAUUUCGUCAUAAAAGUAAAACAUGCGCCUGGGAGGCAAUGAUUGUAAAGUGUAUGACAAUUGCAUGGCGUUAUAAAUUCAACUACUGCUUUCGGGUUUUUCUUUAAUCGCGGAUGAUGUCCGACGAUGAGUUAAGCGACGGUGUCGGAGAAUGGAAAGACUGGUUUAGAACUGAGAUAGAGAAAAGAAAGCGUGUGUCUCACGAAGAGGAUGAAAAGAUCUGGGAAAAUGGUGAUCCUCCCCCAUCUUAUCCAUCAUUGUUUGGACAAUUUAAGGAAGUUAAGGAAAAGUCAGAUGGACCAUUUGAUUUUAUGAAAACAGCAACUCAAUUAUUUGCUGGAACAAUCGGCUGUACCAUUGCUACAUGUUUUCUCUUGGCUCUUCCAACGGCCAUGAUCGUCAUUGGCGUUCACUUUAGACACAAUUGUCCAGUAGAACCUUUCAUACCGAUCUAUCUCAUUAUCGCCGGUUCAUGUGGACUUUUGAAAUGCCUUACGUUAUCGUUUGAAAAAUUUAAGAGUUGUAACACGACUCAAGAGCAGGCAUUCGUCGAAAAUUAUUCAUCAAACGAAGACUUAUCAAAUACAAGCAAAUUUAUGGACGGGCUUCUAAAUAUAUUCAUGUUUACAUGGUUUAUAGCUGGAAAUGUAUGGGUUUAUUCUCACUACAAACCCAAUAUGAAACCAUCCUCAAAGAAUCUUUCAAACUAUUGUGACCCUACUGUUUAUUGGUUUGCAUUCUGGGUUGUAACGGUGAGUUACGUCAUAAUGGGGAUAAUAUUCUUUUGUAUAUGUUGCUUAGGUGCAUGCGCAAGUUGUACAGCGUUUUUCGUAACGAAAAGUUGAUCAUAAUAAAUCUAAAUAGAAUUUUAUAAAAUUAUUACGCGACAUACGCCAUCAUCUUAUAUAAUAAACCAAACAUUACAGAAAAUAGAAAGCUAACAAUCUAAUAAAUGAAAUUUGUAAUAAUUUUUUUA